CCUCGAUAUACAACUGUCUUUGCUUUUUUUUUUUUAUUAUUAUUCUCUCUUUUUUUUUUCUCGCAACAUAACAAAAUAAUCAUAAUGGGAGGCAUUUGUAACAUCAAUAAACGUAAUGUAUAUAUAAAAAAAAAGCAAGUGAAAAAGAAUAAAAAGCAGGCAAAGCUAAUGGGAUUAUUAGCAAAGGGACAAUCUAAAGAAAAAUUAAGACGCAUGGCCAAAAGCAUGAAGAAAUCAACAAAUCGUAUUCAACCUACUGUGACAACAACUAGAGUUAUGACAAAAAAGAAACAAAAGCAAUUGGAAAAGGCAGUUCGACAUGAAAAGAAGCUUUUAGCAAAAAAAGGAUUAAUUGACUAUGAAGAAGACAUGAAAGGUAGAUAUAAAGUGUUAAAGAACAGAAAAAGCUAAUAUCCUUAGAUGUUGCUAUUGUGGACCCUGGAAGACAAAGAGUGAUUACUGCCUGUAUUCCAUCAGAUGAAAUCUUACAGGCCGCAGCUUCUGGUCCUGGAACUACUUUGGGACAACCUCAAUAAAAUAGAAAUGUAC